CUCAGGCAGUGUGGAAUCCUGGCUGUGUUUAAUUGGCGAGUGGCAGGCGGGCUUGGGAGACAGAGCAGGAGUGUGCGAGAUCUAAGGAAGCAAUUGGGACUCACAUGGAGAGGCAACUGCUCUCACUAGCUUUACGAGCUGCGACUUUGACUUUCUGAGAGAAAAAGAAACGAGGAAAGGGAGGUAGAAACUCAACAGAGAGGCGGAGAACCAGUGAGCUAGAGUUUAGGAGGGGGUGAACUGACUCAUUGAAUUUUCUUUUACUCAGUACAGAGAAGGGUUAAGGAAAUGGAAAGAAAGGAAGGGAGAGAUAGAGAGAGGAAAUGACAGAAGGAGCAACAAAGUACAAACAGAAUGAAGGAUAGGUACAGGAAAGGCUGCAAUGGAGUGAGAGAAUAGGGGGGAGGUGGGAGAGAAAGAGGCCCACUCCUGGAGAGAGGGCAACAGCACUGACUGCAUACGGGAAAUGACAGAAGUUGAGGAGAGAGAGGGAGAGAAGGAAAGAGAAAGAAAGAAAAGAGGGAAAACAAGGGGAAGUUUGAAAAGAAAGGAAGGGGGAGGUGAGUCUUGAAACAGAGAGAGAGAGAAAAGUGGUAGAUGAGAAUUUGAAAGAAACAGCAUGUGAGAAAGGGGAACAGAAUGAGAAGUAGAGAACAAAAUACAGUAGAGAAGUGAAAGAAAAAGAACUACGCAGAUGAGAAAAACAGCCUUAGUGAAUGGCCUGGGUGGGGAAAGAGAGAGGAGGUAACUGGUUGUUUAGUAAGUCGUCAGCCUGGGCGGCUUUUAGUCUCUUACUGCUAUGCACUCAGAGAAGGUAGCAAAAGGACAACGUGCCCUCCAUCCAGCCCAGGACUUCUGCCACCACUGCUUACACCAGGGACCACUGUUAGCACAUCACAGGCAGCAGCUCAGUGAUGUGCAAUGCCCACCGCUGGAGCCGAGUCAAAGGUCACACUUGUGGAAGGAAGACUUGUCUCUUCCCUUUCCUCUUGAUCUGGAAACACUUGAGGAUCGGACAGGGAGCCAUAACCAUCAUGACCUGCAGAGACGGCAGGUCUACUUGGGGCCAAGCCACUACACUGUUUCUGAAAGGUGCAGCCCACCAUGCUACUUGUGGAGGGAGGUCAGGGCUCCUAGAUGGGACCCUCGAUUUCCUCCAUCCACAUGUGUGUGGGAGAGAUCAGCACUGGCACAUCAUGGGCAGGAGGUCACUGAUGGGAGACUGGCAGGCAGGCUUGGGAGACAUAGUGACUGUGGCUCUGAGAGGGAAUGUCACCAUCAUCAGCUACCACACCCCCUCAAUGGGGGCCCUAUGCUGGCAAUGGUCAGGAGCCAGCAGUACUACAGGGAAGCUCGGAAUGUUUCAGAGGAGCAUCACUUGGACUGUGUGAUUGAGAACUAUCACCAGAAUACACAUCUACCAGUGCUAGAACGAGACAAUAGAGAUAAAUUUGGAUGCAAUGGGCACUGUGAAAGGAGGCAUGUUACGUUUGAGGGUCAUGAUGAUGGACACAGCAUAGAGAAUAAUGGACCAGGCAGUCCUAUCAAGAACCACUGUAAUGGAGCUAAGGCAUUCUUUUCGACAGAAGUUCCCCAGAGUAAAUUUACAGUCUCAAAGAAAUCAGGACCUAAGCUGGAAGUGAGUGGAAUCCACUGUGGAGAGAGCAAACUGGGUCAAACCGACAGGUCAGAGGUUGGGGGGAGCUGGAACAACCACAGGACAAACCAGGGAACAGUGCGUGAGCAGAUCAAACAAGUGGUGACAGAGUUAGAGGAUGUGCUCAGCGGUCUCAAACAGGUUCAAAUAGAGAUGAAAGAGGUGGUCCAACAGAUUGAUGUUCUGACUUCCAACAUCGACCUGGGAGAGGAGGAGCAAGGACCAUUCAAUGGUCUGCCACAGGAAUCCAUGCACCACUCCAACCGUAUUGGAGUUGUGGCACUUGUCCAUAAUGUCAACAGAGAUGUAGAAUCUCCAGAAAGAGACAGCACACAUAAUGGUGUUGGACCACAGCGCACUCGUUCCCUGUUAGACCAUAGCUUUACAGCUGUGUUUUCUGCUCGCCUUGACAAUCAUCCUGCCAAGGAGACCCACACAAACCCAUCCUCCCGUGCUCAUGGUCUGAUGACUGUUGAGUCUGCAGACAAUAGCCAGAUGAAUCAUACGUCUGCUCUGGAGCAUCCGAAGACAAAGUGCACUGCCAAUGGAGACUGCCUGCGAGCCAGACCUCCCAGAACUAAAGUCAAAGAGCUCCAGCAUCCCAGAAGCAGAACCGAUCAUACAAAAAAUCCUGACCCCACUUACACUCUAGCACCCCUUAGCUUGGCUAAAACUAAAAGACCCCCACCGUACCCACAAAACGGACUGGUCAAAGGACCUUCAAAGGAUUCAAAUGUCCUGAAGACACCUCCUUACCCUGGAAAACAGAAACAGCUAACCUCCACCAUGGUGUAAAGGUGGGGUGACAGGGGAAGUUCCACUGCCUCAGAGCUCUGAUUGCACUUAUGAGGACAACACACACUCACACACACAGACACACAAAGAACGUAAAUAGGAUGUUUUAUCCCUCAGCAUCAUGGUUAGGUAACACAGGGUGAGUGGACAAAGGGUGCUCUCAAAAAGUCAAUUUCAGUAUGAAUAUGUAUUUUCAUUUGUGAGUAUGUUGCCAUAGUUCUUGACUGCUUCAGGGGGAAAUGUCCAUGUGCACUAUAAUUAAUGCCAUUUACCGAUAAAGCAUUGUAAAGGUACGUGGCUUGUAUUGAACGAGGAACAAAAACAGUCAACAUCACCAAGGUUUCUUCUCCUGUAGUCAUUCAUUCUGAGAAGCAGAGGAGGUUGUUGAAGUUGAAUCAUUUUUACAGAAACUGAAACUCUGCCAUUUGAGAAAACGCAAAACACACAUUUGCCUGCGAACAUGAUUCUAAUGUGAGUCAUGAAUGAUUUGUUCCAUCUGUUUGCCCCUAGACGUUCUCAGGUUUCUGUUUGUGUUGUUGUUUUCCCGCAUGCUCGAGUCAGUGGUUGUGAUCGCUGCGUAUUUCAGAGCUAUUCAACUCAGUAAAGGAGAUUGGCUUACUUAAGGCCCUGGAGCAUGCAGCCUUUCAAUAUUAUUCAACAAUCCUGUAUGCAAUCAAGCGUGUUUUAGAAACGUUCUAAAAAUUUAUUAUUUACAGUAUUUGCGAGUAGAAAAGAAGAGUUCAAAAGGGAGCAUGAAGUAGAAGAUCAAAAAGGUGCAUGUUCUGCUUCAGUUUAAGCCAUCAAUUAAUGAGAGUCAUAGACUGAUUCUCCUGUUUGAUGAGCACGUGGAAAUUGAUCAUGUUUAAAUUAAAGGAUCACAUAAUGCCCACUGGUGCAAUCACUUGGAAAGUAUUUGGUGUUCUUCAGCUUAGCAGUGGUAGGAAAUGGUGGAUUUUAAAAGCUAAACAUUUAUCUUGCAUCACUCUGGUUUUAGUCUUUAAACUUUUAAAACAAUCCUUUGUGAAGAGGAAGAGCCUGAUUUUUCCCCUGCCAUGUUUUGAAAACAGUGGUUGAGGUUUGGCAGACGCUGCUUGCCAUCCUCUGGUGGAAGGAAUGUGCUAUGACGGACUAUUUUUCACUCUCCAGCCAUGUUUGAGUCAGUCUGGUUUUGAUUAGACGCCACCUGGCUCGGUGAUGGACUGAAGGAGGCGGCUUUGUAUAGUAUUUGCAUUGCAAAAUGGUAGUUGCACACAGCUGGGAAGACACAUGACUCGAAUCAACACCCAAAGCAGGAAGCAUAGAGAAGUAAACAUGAACUAAACAAAUGCUCAGUUCAAACAUCCUAGAAGAUGCU